AUGGCCAACAAAACUGACCUCGAAUUCACAGACCCCUGGUCCCUGUACGAAGACCGCCAAGCAGGCGUCUUUGCCUGGAUCAUUCUGGGUCUGAUGUUUGGUUACUUCAUCGGCAUGGUCUUGCGGGACAUGGUGCAAAAGACUCGCACCAGAGAGCUCCAAGAUGAGUUUCGAACGUUUGGGAAACUCAUCAAACACAUUAUUCUCCUGCCCCGCACGCUCUUCACCAAAGAUCAUCUCAUGCCCGUGUGGUACUCCUGCACCAACAUCUUCCGCCUUCCAGAGGAGCAACGUUACUGGAAAACGGAAAAGGAAGAAGACCGAGAAUUGAGAGAUUCCUCGCAGUUCAACAGCAAGAGUGUCAUCGAGCGACUUGGCGGCGGUUGGCCCAAGAAACGCUCCCAGACCAGUUCAGAGCUUGGAGGCAGCAGCCAGGACACGGACAUAGAGAUGCAGAGUCUCCCCAAUAUCACCGACCUCGCCGGAACAAACACCGGACUCCCCAAGAUCGAAAAGCUUGCUGUUGUCUUUGAGGUUCCUGAGAUCCUGUCUUCCAACAUGAACCAAAAACACCAUGGUUUCCAAACUGUUCCUCUUCACGGCCCUCGUUUUGGUACCGAUGGCCUCGCUAAUCUGACGGCCACCUUUAACUUUCAGUCCAGCAAGGACCAGGAAGAGAAGCCGACAGUUGAUGAGAAGGAGAAGGGGAAGUUGGAGCCUAGUCAAGAGGGGGUGGACGCCGAGGAGAAGAAAGAUGUCGAGAAGAAGGCCGACGCGGAGGACGUAAAAGGUAUUAAGAGUGAAGACUCGAGUACCAAGAAAGAUGGUGAAUAG